ACAACCAGACAUCCAUAGUCACAAGACAUCCCAGAUGAGAAGAGAAGAAAAUGACGGACAGUAAACAACAUUUAUUGCACACAGAUAAACCAGAGAUCAGGAUCGUCCUGCUUGGGAGGUCCAGAGAAGGGAAGACUGCUUCAGUAAAUACCAUCCUGUUAAAACCAAAAUCUGAUGAAGAUGAUCAAGAAAUCCAUUUCAGAACUUGCCAAACCUGGUCCUCAUGUGUUCCUGAUGGUGAUAAGCGUGGAUUCGAUAUUCACAAAUGAACUAAAGGAAACAGCAGAAAUCCUUUUUCGAUCUUUUGGCAAAAACACAAUGGCUUACACUAUGGUCUUGUUCACCUGUGGAGAUGAACUGAAAAUAAGGAACCAGACUAUACAGGAUUUUAUUUGUUCAAAUACAGAUCUCCACAACCUAAUCAUACAGUGCCAUUGGAAGUACCAUGUUUUUGACAACACAGAUGAAAGUCACGAUCAAGUCACUGAUCUACUGCAAAAGAUCAACAGCAUGAUUGAGACAAGAGGAGGAUGCUACUACACCUGUAAGAUGCUCAAAGAGGCUGAAAAAGCCUUAAAAGAAGAAGAACAGUGUAGCUUCACAGCAGUCGAGUACUGGUUGACAGCAAAAAGUAUCUAACAGUAAUAAUAUUUGAAAUAUUAUGUCAUAUUUUUAAGAUUACGUUCAUUGAUAAUGACAUUUAAAU